AGCUAUCUGGUUUCAUUAGGCCUUUCCCUUAAUUAACUUCCCGUUUCCGUCAUCGUCCAGAAGAGCCACAACAGGAGCUUUGUGGCAUUCACUAACAAUCCACAAUCCACAAUAAUAAUGGAGGCAGAGAAAGACAAUCACCUUCCUGAAACUACCAACGUAGACGCUUCCAAAGACGACCCCGCCCCCCAAGACGACCCUAACCACCAUGACCAACCCCCCAACAACGACGCUGAUGAUGCUGCUGCCGCUGCCGCCCCCAAAGACGACGAUUCCGCAACCUCUCCACCCCUAACGCCCACUGAAGCCGAUCAACCAAAACCAGGGAUUACGACGGACCAGCUGGACAAUAUUAAUACUGAUCCAGACUUCGCCGCAGGCGCAGUCCCAGACCCAGACGGCCAAGAAUCCCCUCCUCCACCUUCUCCGCCCGAUUCCCGUGAACUCUGCCAACGGAUCGAUGAUUUCAUCUCUGCUUUGUCAGCCACGAAACCUGAUGCCCCAUCAUCCACCCUCCCUGAUGUUCCCGAAAUCAUGAAAGAGUUCGCCUUUCUUGUUGAGGCAAAGAUCGCCAACUUUGAUUCAUCCGACAACCCCAUGAAAUGGGCUCAGCUGUCGGCCGAGGAUUCUUCCUCAUUUCUGGAAGAUGCCGGGAGACUCACGAAUCUCAAGAUCUCCCUCUCUGCAUUCUCAUCAGAACCCAAGUACGCCGCGUCCAUCAAUCGCAUCGGUGAUAUUCACCAACGAGCCAUGUCCUACUUGGAAGAUGAGUUCAGGUCGCUUCUCGAAGAUCCAACGCUUCCGCCCGAUUCGGAUGACAUUAAUGACAACAACGAUAUUGAUUCCAAGACUAGUAACGAAGCUGAUCAAUCUACACCGCAGCAGGAGCCCGAAUCCACAGGAGACGACAAUUUUCUGGGCUACUCGGACGAUGCUUUAUCGAAUUUGAAUAGAAUCGCCAAGACCAUGAUAUCGGGGGGUUACGAGAUGGAAUGUAUUCUUGUUUACAUUAGAGCGAGAAGGGCAAUGUUGGAAGAGACCUUGCACACCCAGGGUUUCGAGAAAUUCAGCAUGGAUGAUGUGCAGAAGAUGCAAUGGGAACUACUGGAGAGAGAGAUCGAUUCCUGGAACAAAACGUUGAAGCACUUCGCCGCCGUAAUCUUCCCCCGAGAGCGGAAGCUCUUGGAGGCGGUCCUCUCCGACGACAAGGCAGCAAUCAAGGACAUCUUCGGUGGCCUCUCGCAAAGUAUUAUGAUCCAGCUUCUCAACUUCGCGGAAGCUGUGGCAAUGACGAAGCGUUCGCAGGAGAAGCUGUUCAAAUUCCUGGACCUAUAUGAGACCUUGCGAGAGGUGAGUCCGAGCAGCUUGGAUAACUUUUUCUCCGUAGAAAAUGGGAAUGAGCUCAAGACUGAAGCCUCCUUGACUCGCACCCGACUCGGGGAGGCCAUGGUUUGCAUUUUCGCAGAAAUGGAGAACUCGAUCAAGAGGGACACGGGGAGGACUCCGGUUCCUGGCGGUGCGGUACACCCCCUGACUCGCUACACCAUGAAUUACCUGACGUAUGCGUGCGAGUACCACGCCACCCUUGAACAGGUAUUCAGGGAGCACCAGAAGAUCGAACGAGCCUACUCCGGAGCCGGCUCCGACUACGACUACAAUAAUGCAGCACCGGACGCACAGAUUAAUCACAACAACAACAACGAACAGAAUCAUGAAACAACGCAGUCAUCGCCAUUUUGCUUGCAGAUUAGAAAGGUGAUGGAUUUACUGGAUGCUUACCUGGAGACAAGAUCCAAGCUAUACAAGGAUGCAGCAUUGAGCUCAAUAUUCAUGAUGAACAACGGAAGAUACAUUCUGCAGAAGAUCAAGGGAUCCCCUGAAAUGAAUGAUAUGAUGGGGGUGGUUUGGUGCAGGAAGAGAUCGUCGGAUAUGAGGCAGUACCACAAUACCUACAAGCGGGAAACAUGGGGUAGGCUUUUGAAUUCCCUGAGCCAGGAGGGGUUGAACGUGCACGGGAAGGUGGUGAAGCCGGUGUUGAAAGAGAGGUUCAAGAGCUUCAACGCGCUGUUCGACGAGAUACACAGGACGCAGAGCAAUUGGGUGGUGAAAGACGAGCAGCUGCAGUCGGAGCUAAGGGUGUCGAUAUCGUUGCUGGUGAUACCGGCUUACCGGACAUUCUUGGCAAGGUACAGCCCGACAUUCACCCCGGGGAGGCAAACAGAGAAGUACGUAAAAUACCAGCCGGAAGACAUAGAGGCCCAUAUCGACGAGUUGUUUGAUGGGAAUGCAAAUGCAACGCCAACGCCCACGGGGAGAAGAUGGGGUUGAUCACGAUGAUUUCUCAAGGAAAUUAAUGGCAGCUACAGAUAAUAUAUCUAUCUAUAUAUACUGAUUGAUUGAUUGAUGAGCAGUUGAAGCAACAGUCCAGUCAGCUGAGCAGCAGCAGCAGCAGCCAU